UCUGCCCUGAGGAGGAAAGCUCACUCCUCCCAGAGCCUCGCACAGCCGCAGUCGGUGGCGAUGCUCGUGCAGACGGCGAACGGGCGAAGAGCCGCUAGUGCUGCUGGUUGUAAGGAUUCUCCGGAGCAUCCGAUUCCCCUAUCCGUUUGCGCGGAAAAUACAAUGGAAAGACCAGAAGGACGCAAAACCAUUUAAGCAGGCGCCUCUCCUCCAAAAGACAAGACGAGAGGCAGAAUGAGUAAAGAGGUGCCAGUUUCUCCCAGCUGGCUGGCUCAAGAUCCCACCUGGGGCAGCAGCGGUGCGGGGAGCAUAGAAAACAUCACCGUCGGAACGUACCCACCUGCGGUUGUCCUGCCGGCGAGGCCGCCUGCCGAGCUGUUGGUAAACCCUUGGGACAUCGUGCUGUGUUCAUCUGGCACCAUCAUAGCCUGCGAGAAUGCCCUGGUGGUUUUGGUCAUCUGGCAGAACCCGGCACUGCGCGCCCCAAUGUUUUUGCUGAUUGGCAGCCUAGCUCUAGCUGACUUACUGGCAGGUUUGGGGUUAGUCCUGCACUUUACCUUUGCUUACCUAUUUCGAUCUGACUCGGCACAGCUGUUGACUGUAGGUCUGGUGGUGGCAUCCUUCUCAGCAUCUGUUUUUAGCCUGCUAGCUAUUACCAUUGACCGCUACCUGUCAUUGUACUACGCCCUCACCUACAACUCAGAGCGAACAGCCGCUUUCACAUACACCAUGCUGGUGCUUCUGUGGGGAGUAUCCUUAUGUUUGGGUUUGCUGCCGGUUACCGGUGUGAAUUGCCUGGGCCAGGAGGUGAACUGCAGUGUGGUUUGGCCCCUAACAAAAAACAACAUAGCCGUUCUGUCCAUCUCCUUCCUUCUGCUGUUCGGCCUCAUGCUUCAGCUCUAUGCGCAGAUCUGUAAAAUUGUCAUGCGACAUGCGCACCAAAUCUCCCUCCAACACCACUUUUUAGCCGCAAGCCCUCACUAUGUCACAACGCGGAAAGGUGUAUCCACCCUGGCCAUCAUUCUGGGCACAUUUGCAGCUUGCUGGAUGCCGUUUACUGUUUACUCGCUAAUAGCCGAUUAUACAUACCCGCCCCUUUACACGUAUGCCACCCUGGUUCCUGCAACCUACAACUCAGUCAUCAACCCAGUAAUUUACGCCUUCCGCAAUCAAGAGAUCCAGAAAGCAUUGUGGCUGGUGUGCUGCGGAUGUAUCCCUGCCAGCGUGGUCCAGCGGGCACGGACCCCCAGCCACGUCUGAUGUGCCUAGGGAAUUACACAGGCCAGAGAAUCCCCCAAUCCCUGGGACGAGAAGGGGCGUGCGUGUCACCCAUUUAUGUCUUCCCCUAAUUGUUAUGUGACAACCACUGCCACACAGUCUUUGCCUGAUCCCAAGCCGACCAGCUGGCACACCCUUAACAGGAA